CGUAGCUUCACCUCACAAGACAGACGGGUGUCCGGGAGCAGCCACGCCAUGGCGACAGAGGACACCGAGGGAUCCUUGCAACCAGGUCUUGAAGCUGCGCCAGCGCCCUCAUGGUCCGACCCAGGUCUGGACUCGGCGCCAGAGCAAAACGACCGGGCCACGGACCUCGAAGCCGAGAAACCGGAGCGGGCGAUGCCGUUCCAAGCGCUGCACGAUCAGGUGGAAACACUCCACACUCAGUUGAAGAAGCUCCUGGAGGAUUUGCAACAUGCGCACCACCGAGAGCCAGCGCAGGCCGCCUCGGUUGGUCCUUCCAAAAGCCGAAAAGUCAGAAGGAAAAAGAAGGCUGAGAAUGAACCCCUGGAGGUGAAGGUGGAGUCGGAAAAGGAGGACGAUCCGCAGGGCGGCCCUCGAAGGCGGCAUUCGCACAUAGGAUGUCCCCAGCGGCAACAAUUUGGUUUGUCCGUCGAGAAGCUGCAUGCUUUGGGAACAGGAGCUAUCGACGAGACCAACGAAGACAACAAGAUUAGGCAGGACACGAAGAAGUUCCAACCAAUGAAGCAUAUGACAAAGCACCUCACCAGGCAGGUGUCCAAGGUCUCCAACGCGAUCUUCCCACCACCGGAGGAGGUGGACAAGGUGCAUGAUCCAGAGAACUGGACAGAGCAACUGCAGAAGAUCAUGAAGGGCAGGGACCCAGCUUUGCACUACGUCCGAGCUGGCGGACGGUCGAUCCUCUUUAAGGCGGACGUCAAGCCCGCACAGCUCUCCGCAGAGCCUGCGAGCGACGACUUUCCCCUGGUGGUCAUCUCCAAGAUCGCCGAGGAGAAGAAGAAGCAGAAGGAGAGGCUGGAGGAGAAGAAGAAGCGGCAGCUGAAGGAUACGAGUUCACAUCGUGCGAAAAACCUCGCGCAGAUCACUUGGCGACAUCAGCUCGCUGACUUCGUGGACUGGGGUCCCUUCCAGGUCGCCUGCAUGUUGGUGAUCGUGGCCAAUGCGUUACAUAUCUUCAUCCAAGCGGACGCGAAGAUGGUGAAUGCUUACAAAACUGCGCUGGAGGGUGGCACACCGAUGGAGAAUGUGCAUUACUUGGACGUGUUCUUUGCGACCUGGUUCGUCAUGGAGCUGACGAUGCGGAUCCUGCCAGAUGGUUUUUUCUACUUCUUCUGGGAAUCCGAGGACCGCCAGUGGAACAUUUUUGAUACGGUUGUGACCAUGGAGGCUGUUCUUGGCCUCUUUGUGAGGCUCAUGGUCUCCUCAGCUUCGGGUCUUCGUAUCCUGGGCGUCUUCCGAAUCUUUCGCCUCGUGAAACAUAUGGAUUGGCACAAGGGGUUGAGGAAGCUGCGAAAGACGUUAAUGGCCUUGGUCGGCUCCUUGAUGGACCUCAUUUGGGCCUUCUUAGUCGUCGUCCUAUGUCUGGUCACUUACAGCGUUUUCCUCUCCACUGCGACGGUGGGCUACUUUGAAUCCUUCGGGCAUACUCGCCUCGUGCUGCUCACCAGCCGCCCGGACGAACGGAGCGAGCUCAGUCGAGUUCUCGAUGAAUUUGGAACUGUCCCAACGACGAUGUUAUCGCUGUGGUCCGCAAUCAGUGGUGGCAAUGAUUGGAUGGGAUAUGCAGAGACUCUUCGGAUAAUGGACAAGCAGGACAUCUUCUUCGGCACCUUCGUUGUGUUCACAGCCUUUUGCGUCAUCGGCCUUUUCAAUGUCGUCACAGGUGUCUUCGUGGAUAGUGCCGUUGAGGCCUCGAAAUCCUUCCGGAGCAAUGUGGAGGUGAUCGAGGAACACAAAGACCAAGAGAAGCAGGAGAAGAUGGAGGAGGCAAACUUGCUGAAGCUAUUGUCGACUUCUGCGGGAAAAGAUCUGACCUACAAAGAGCUCUUGGAACACCUUGACAUCGACUCGGCAGAGGCCUUUUGGCAAACGAACAUGGAGCUUUCUGGCGACAAGGUGAAAGACAUCUAUUUGCUCUACCAUCGCUUGAAGAAGUCCAAGGAGGACGAGAAGGUGAAACCACUGGAGAUCGAGGAUAAACAGGAUCCAGACUACGAGCAGAAGGUCUUCAAAGUCUCUGUGAAAGAGUUCCUGGCCUUCACAAGGAGAUGUAAGGGUACUGCAUCCUAUGUUGACCUCCUGACGAUGAUGCAUGAUAACACAAGGCUGGAGAAGUUCAUCCGCAAUGAGUUCAAGGAUUUGAAAGAGCGACUUCCUGGUGAGGCGAAGGAUGCCAAAAAGUGAGCGGACCGCUCGCAGGGCGCCGGUCGGACCCCUGCGACCCCCCUCCAUGCGGACCGGACGUGGCUCUGGUUCUUGGGAGUGGGAGCUUCCAAAAAGGUGAACAAAAACACGUCUUGAAGGCCAGUCUUCACGUCUGAAAACUCCCCUGAUGGGGAGGGAAAUCGUGGGUCCUGAGUAGGUUUUGAGUGGGACACCACCCCUGUUUUGGGCCUGGAAGAGGCCUUAACUAACGAAUCUUUGGAGGUCCAGCAUUUUUACAGGACCUCCGGCACUGUGUGGAAGCUGCGCACGUGUUCUUUGGGACGCAGUUCACUCUGUACCUUCCGGAUGACCAGCCCACUCCUUGGAUGAUUGUUGGACUCCGUGAUUCACCUGCCG